GUGACCAGAGCCCGUGUCUGCCCAAGUCCCUCUCGCCCUGGUCCUUUUUGCCUGUCCAGACACCAUCUGCCUAUUGCCCUUUGCUCGAGGGGAAAAGCAGAAGGAAGUCUGAAGGUCACGGCGGGGCACCUCGAAGAGGGGACGCCUAGGAGCCAGCCGCCGGGAGAGGUCCAGACCAUCCCGAUCAUGGAAAAAGCCUGCCAAGAGCCUGAGGAGCAGCCACAGAGCUCGCCCAGGUCGGAUGAGGAGCGGCCUCCUGGGGAUCACUCUCCCGAAAAGUCGUCCCCGGAGGAGGCGUCUUCGGACGAGCAGUCCUCGGAGGAGGAGUUCUUUCCCGAGGAACUCCUUCCCGAGCUCCUUCCAGAGAUGCUCGUGUCGGAGGAGCGCCCUCCGCAGGAGCGCCUGUCUAGGAAGGACCUUUUUGAGGAGCGCCCUCCCAUGGAGCAGCCUCCUUGCGGGGUGGGCAAACAUAAGCUAGAAGAGGGGAGCUUUAAAGAAAGGCUGGCUCGCUCCCGCCCGCAAUUUAGAGGGGACAUACACGGUAGAAAUUUAAGCAACGAGGAGAUGAUAAAGGUAGCAGAGGAGAUGGAAGAGAUGAAGCGAGUCCGAAACAAGUUGAUGAUCAUGCACUGGAAGGCAAGGCGGAACCGCCCUUAUCCCAUUUAACGUGUUCGGCCUUUAAUUCUGUUUUGCCUGAUCCAAGGAUUAUCACCCGAACUUUGCUUUUUCUCAACUAUCCUAGCCCAUCUUCAUCAUUUUUACUUUGCGCGUGGCUUUGAGGUGUUUCGCUUGUAACUGGCAUAAAAUUGCCCCCCCACCUGCAAGUCCCCCUCUUUCAAUGAUGAGUUUCCUCCGUUUGCAUGGAAAGAUGUACAUUAUAUAUUGUGAAGCGAAAAAAGCGGUUUUCAAAAAGUAUAUGUAGCAUCCCAUUUUGUAAAAAUGUAUAUUUAUAUAUUAAUAUGCAAAGAAAAACUGAAAAUAUAUACUUCGAAGGCUUAACAGUGGCUGUGUGGUAAGAUAACAGGUUGAUUUUUCAUUUUUGCUUCAAUUGAAUUUCUCAUUUUUUUUCAAGAGGAACACAUUUUACAUGUGUUGCAAAAAAACCCCAAUAUAAUGGGAAAAAAUUGUAAAGCAAUUUAAAAAACUGUCAGCUUAUGAAGACUUAAUGUGGCACUUAAUAAAUAAUUGUCAGAAUUUUAAAAAAGAAA